GUCCAUACAAUACUUCCUUCUAGGUUACUGUGACGCCUUUCUAACCUGACAACCAAUAAUAGCUAGCUCACUGCACAGAAUAACCACCAAUUGAAAACUACGCAAGGAGAAUUGGGAUUUCCUUUUCUUGUUUCACUCUACGAAGUCUCGCUGGCAGGAUGACCUCUUUCGUCACGACUGUAAACCAGCGCGCGCGCAACCAGUUCCGCUCGCGGACCGGCAAGGGAGGCAACACGAGCUACCAGUUACGCCAAUAUGCCGAGGCGACGUUAGGCGGCGGCAGUCUGCGCAAGGUCGUCAAGCUACCCGAGGGCGAGGACGAGAACGAGUGGCUCGCCGUGAACAUGGUCGACUUCUACAAUCAAAUCAACCUACUAUACGGCGCCAUCACCGAGUUCUGCUCACCACAAUCUUGUCCCGAGAUGAAGGCAACGGACGAAUUCGAAUACCUAUGGCAAGACAACGAGAACUACAAGCGGCCGACCAAGAUGGCCGCCCCAGCCUACAUCGAGCAACUCAUGAGCUGGGUGCAGGGCCACAUCGACAACGAGAGCGUGCUCCCCUCGCGCAUCGGCGUGCCCUUCCCGAAAUCCUUCCCGCAGACCGUGCGCCAGAUCUUCAAGCGCAUGUACCGCGUCUACGCCCACAUCUACUGCCACCACUACCCCGUCAUCCGCGAGCUCGGCCUCGAGCCCCACCUCAACACGAGCUUCAAGCAAUACGUCCUCUUCAUCGACGAGCACGGUCUCGCCAGCGGCAAGGACUUCUGGGGUCCCCUCGGUGAUCUCGUCGAGAGCAUGCUGCGGAGCGAUUGAUCAAUUCAUUCGCAAGUGGGGGGGAUGUAAUAUUUUUUUAGUAAUAGAUCGCAUUGGGCCGCGACUCGGGUCAUUGCGAGCCUGAGAUGAAGGAUGAGCGAACAUGAGACACACAAAUACGCAUGUAGGCGCACUAUAAGAUAAUGAACGACAGGAAUAGCGUGUGUGGGCACCGGUGAUGCACGGUUAUGAUGGCACGUUUGAGCAAUAGGGAUAAGUCAGGCGUUUGGAUGGGACUCGUUAGUUGCACGAUUCGGAGUGAACCGGGGUAAUAGAGGUUUGUUGGCACGAAGACGUGCUUAAAGGUCACAUUGAGCGUUUUAUGGCAAAUAGUGGUUUAGCACACAAACGCAGAGUGCGUGCUUUGUAGAAACACUCUCGUGCAUGGUCUGAUAGAAGAUUUUCAGGGCG